UUUUUGCAGUUCCAAAAGCAGUAUGUUUUAUGGGCAACGCAAUGCUGCAUUGGAGACUCAGGAACGUGUACCAUGGGUAGCCCCUGACGACGCUGAAGGAAGUGAUGUCGACGUGAGCCCUUUGGACAUUGACAGUGAUGAUGACGACCCUACCUACGUUCCUGACGAAGGCCUUACUCAGGACGAUGCCUUUGACCCUCCUAACUCUAGAGCUCGCAAGGUCAAUGUUGUUGUCCCUCAAGCGAUGCCUAUGGAAGAGGAAGGUGAGCCUAACCCUAAGAGGUCUCGUGCUGAUGAAUGGAAGAAGGAAGACAUUGAUAUCCGUGCCCUGCCCAACUUCAUUCAUCAGAAGCCUGACUAUUUGAGGGAACCUUAUGAAUAUUUCUCCCAGUUCUUCACAACUGAAUUGAGGGAACACAUUGUGUAUCAAUCCAACCUGUACUCAAGACAGAAGGAUGUAGGCAGCAACUUCCACAUGUCAGAAGAGGAUCUCAUGGUUUUCCUUGGCCUCAUCGUGUACAUGGGGCGGGUGGUUCCUCUCCCUAGCAUAGUUGGACUUCUGGGCCGUGAAGACCAGGAUUCCUCAAGUUGCAGACUUCAUGUCCAGGACCGCUUCAAGGCAAUUCGAUCUUCCUUCACUUCAGCGACAAUGAACCAGGCAGCUGCAUCCCAAGAUCGGUUCUUCAAGGUGAGAGUCCCCUUCACCAAGGUCACCAGAGAGUUCUGA